CUUUCCCCCCGCCUUGGCGGGCAGUCGCAAUGGCAGGGAGUAAUACCAGUGCUGCUGCCGCGGAGACAUCAGCAGCCAACCUGAAUGCUGUGAGAGAGAUCAUGGACGUUCUGCUUGAGAUCUCAAGAAUAUUGAAUACUGGCUUGGAUAUGGAAACACUCUCUAUUUGUGUACGUCUGUGUGAGCAAGGAAUAAACCCAGAGGCCUUAUCCUCUGUUAUUAAAGAACUUUGAAAGGCCACAGAAGCACUAAAGGCUGCUGAAAAUAUGAUAAGCUGACUUCAUGGAGGGAUCUCUUGAAGAUUUGAGGAUUGCAUACUUGUUAUAAAUAUGGAAUGAAAAUACUUUUUACAGCAAUGUAAAAUUAUAAAACCAUAGCUUUAUACUUAGUGGAAAGUAGCUUAUUGAGAUAUUAUCAGGUAAUUGUUUAGUUCAUGUCUUUAUUCCUUUUUUUUUUUAACAAUCCCAUUGGUUUACAAACAAUAUGCUGUUAUUUAUAUAUUCUUUAUUUAUAGCUUUGAAAGCUUUAAUUUUAUAAACAGUCUGUCAAGUGUUGCACAUUUGCUAUGCCUAGUUGAAAGUAUAGUGGAAACUUAUCAACACUGAUGUAGUAGUUAUGACUUGUUGACAUUUUCAUUAUAAACUCUAGUUUUGAAUUGUUUAUGCAUAAUAACUUUAUGGUUUUACUUUUCAUUGGGCUGAAAGUUGGCAGAAUUUCAGAGAUCCCUUGAGUGUGUCAAUUUUUAUUUAAAUCCAUUGUGUGCAUCAAUUUUGUUUUGUACAGGAGCAUGUUAAUUUCUUAUAGCCUCUACUAUUAUAACUAAAAGACUUAGUUUUUUAAACAAU